AUGUCAAACCCUAACGACUACACAGUUGGCUGGAUCUGUGCCAUAAGCACGGAGUACGUUGCCGCGCAAGCUUUUCUUGACGAAAACCACGAAAGGCCUGAAUAUGUGUCUCCGAACGAUAAUAAUGAUUACACCCUAGCUUCUGCUGCAAUUGUAGCUAGAGAUAUGCUACACAGCUUCCCAAACGUUAGGAUCGGCCUGAUGGUUGGUAUCGGUGGCGGUGUACCAAGCCAAAAGCACGACAUUCGUCUCGGCGACAUCGUGGUCAGUGUACCUCGAGAUGGGAAGGGCGGCGUUUUCCAAUAUGACUUUGGCAAGACAAUACAGAACCAGAGCUUUUGCACAACAGGGUUCUUAAGCCAGCCUCCAACGGUGCUGUUAACAGCAAUUAGUGGACUUCAGGCACAAUAUGAGAUCGAUGGCCACCAACUUGAAGAGGCGAUUAACAACGUACUUGAGAUGAAACCGAGAUUAGUCAAGAAGUAUAAACGCCCGGACUCAAGGACAGACAGACUUUUCAAAUCUGAAAACACCCACGAAGCUUGCUGUACCACAGAUUGUGCUCACGGUGUAUUAUACUCGGUAUUACAAUUUGAGCGAGGAGACGAGGAGGACAAUCCAGCAAUUCACUAUGGCCUAAUUGCUUCUGCAAACCAGUUAAUGGAAGAUGCACUAGUUCGAGAUCGAAUUGCGGCGGGAAUGGACGUCCUGUGUUUUGAAACGGAGGCGGCAGGGUUGAUGAAUCAUUUCCCGUGCCUAGUUAUCCGGGGCAUAUGCGAUUACUCAGAUACGCACAAGAAUAAGGAGUGGCAAGGCUAUGCAGCGAUGGCAGCAGCUGCAUAUGCUAAAGACCUUUUAUGUCGGAUCCCUCCCAAUAAGGUUGAAGCUGAGGAGAAGCUUACAGAGCUUCUUUCUCGAGUCGAGUCUAAACUGGAUAGAAAAGAAGACGCCAAAAUUCUUAACUGGCUUACACAUAUUGACUAUGGCCCUCAACAGAGUGACAAUCUACAGAGGCGGCAACCGGGAACUGGAAUUCCAGGAGCCGGGAAAACCAUUCUUACAUCAAUUGUGGUGGACGACCUUUGCAAGAGAUACCCUAAUGAUACCUCAAUUGGGGUUGCUUACAUCUACUGUAACUUCCAACAGAAAGGCGACCAAACGGCCUACGACCUACUUGCAAGUCUGCUUAAACAACUAGCCCAAGGCCAGUCUUCUCUGCCAGGCGGCGUAAAAGAUCUCUAUGACCAACACAAAGCUAAGAAAACGCGGCCGUCAAUAGACGAAAUCUCCAAGGCUCUACAGUCUGUGGCGGCUACAUUUUCGAGAGUCUUUAUUAUCGUUGACGCUCUUGAUGAGUGCCAAGCAUCAAACAAGUGCCGUUCGACACUACUUUUGGAGAUAUUUAACCUGCAGGCAAAAACAAAAACGAAUUUCUUUGCAACUUCACGAAGAAUCCCGGACAUAGAGAGGGCCUUCAAAGGAUAUCCUUCUCUUGAAAUCCUUGCAAGUGAUGAGGAUGUGCAGAAAUAUCUUGAUAGUCAAAUGUCGGAACUCCCAGGAUGUGCCUUAAAGAGGCCAGAUCUACAAGAAGAAAUUAAGAUCAAAAUCGUCAAAGUGAUUGACGGAAUGUUUCUGCUCGCAAAGCUUCAUCUUGAUUCCCUGAAAAAUAAAUGGACGCCAAAAGCUAUCCGGACAGCUUUAGAAGCCCUCCCCACAGGAUCUGAAGUAUAUACUGAAACGUACGACGCAGCGAUGGACCGAAUCAAGGGACAGACGGGCUCGAGAGAGCUUGCAAUACAGGUCCUAUCUUGGAUCACCUGUGCAAGAAGACGACUGACUACAUUAGAGCUUCAGCAUGCACUUGCUGUAGAAAUAAGCAAACCCGACUUGGACGAAGAUAAUCUCCCAGAGAUUGAAGACCUAGUCUCUGUAUGCGCGGGAUUAGUUACUGUUGAUGAAGAGAGUAAUAUCAUCCGCUUAGUCCAUUAUACAACUCAGGAAUACUUUGAGCGGACUCAAAGCCAUUGGUUCCCGAAUGCAAACGUCAGCAUUACCACAAUCUGCGUUACCUACCUGUCAUUCCGUGUCUUCGAGAGUGGGUUUUGUCCAACGGACGACAGCUUCAAUGAGAGAUUGCGAUCGAAUCAUCUCUAUAACUACGCAGCACGCAACUGGGGACACCAUGCUCGCAAGGCUUUGACAUUAUGCCAGGAAGUCAUGGAGUUCCUAGAGCAGCAGGCAAAGAUAGAAGCAGCGAGUCAAGCGCUAAUGGUGCCCCCACGAAGCUCAAAUUACAGUCAACGAGUACCAAGGCGUAUGACAGCUCUUCACCUAGUGGCAUACUUUGGAGUUGAGGACGCGGCUAGGGCACUCUUUCGAAAUGGGGUAGAAAUUGAUGCCACGAACACUAACAGUCAGACACCAUUGUCCUUGGCGGCAAAGAACGGCCACUCGAAAGUGGUAGAGCUGCUACUCGAGAAUGGUGCUGAGCUAGAGUCUGAGGAUGACAGGGGUAAUACGCCAUUAUUAUCAGCAAUAAUAAACGGGCACGAAGCAGUAGUACAACUGCUACUUGAGAAAGGCGCCAAAGUACAGUUUAAGGACAAGCAGGGUUGGACGCCGUUGUCUUUGGCAGCAGAGAAUGGGCACGAGGCAGUGGUGAAGCUGCUACUUUCGAAGAAUGUCGACGUAAACUCGAGACACGAAUACAAUUGGACGCCAUUGUGGAUUGCUGCGAACAAGGGCCACGAGGGAGUUGUGAAGCUACUGCUCGAACGGAAGGAAAUUGAGGUGAAUUGCUGUGAUAUAGAUGGACAUACAGCAUUGUCGAAAGCCGCAUCAGGUGGACAUGAGACAGUGGUGAAGUUGCUGCUAGCGGUGGACAGAAUCAAUCCAGACUCCAAGGACCAUUGUGGGUGGACACCGCUGAUGCGAGCUGCGCAAAACGGACACGAGGCUGUGGUAAAGCUGCUCCUUAUGAGGAACGAGGUCAACAUAAACGCCAAGGAGGAGGGCGGAGGACUACUUGACUUGGGAAGGGGCAGAGCAACGAAUUACUCUCCAUGGAACGACUACUCUUCAUGGAACAGUCAUUCUUCGAGGAAUUAUCAUUAUUCGGGAAACUAUCAUUCUUCAAGGAACUACUAUUCUUUAGGGAGCUAUGACUCUCUUGAGAACUAUCAUUCUCCGGGCACUUUUCAUUCUCUAGGAAGCCAUAACUCAACUCGUUGUAUCCCGAAAAUAUACGUCCAAGGAAGCGGCCGGACACCGCUAUCAUGGGCGGCAAAGAAUGGGCACGAGACAGUAGUAAAACUGCUACUUGAGCAGGGUGCCGAGGUAGAUUCGAAAGAUAACGGCGAACAGACGCCGCUGUCCUUAGCGGCAGAGAACGGACAUGAAACAGUAGUAGGACUACUACUUGAGAAAGCAACCAAACACGGGCAUGAAGCAGUUGUAAAGCUACUGGUCAAAAAGUUCACUGCAAUUGAAUGA